GCUCCAUGGAACGGAUUGAGUCGGCGAGCGUGGAUUGAUGAGAACGCGCUGCAGCCCGGUCAAGUUACGCUUGACUGGAAUUGGGGAGAUGUAAAGUUCUCGGACGUAAAGCUCGACUUACUUGAGGCGUUAUGGGCACGUAAUGCGACAAGUACAGAGAGGGCACAUUUUAUCAUGAACGAGAUGCGUGACGUUGGAUUAGAUGCCGGAACGCAGGACUAUGUCUUUUCCACACCUCUCAAA